UAUUGGACUGUAAUUCUAAUUCCAUGGAUGUAUUGAACGAUAUUGGGUUUCGGUGCAGCGUUAGCUCUGUUCUGAAUAAGGAAACAAAACAAUAUGGUAAGCAAUUUAUGUUUGAUGAGACAGAAGACACGGCUUGGAGCUCAGAUGAGGGAUUACCCCAAUGGAUAAGUCUUUCGUUUGACGAGCCUCAAGCUAUCAGCGGAUUUUGCUUUCAGUUUCAGGGCGGAUUUGUUGGACAAGAUGCGACUGUCUUACUUUACUCUUCAGAGGAUAACAAGCUAUUAGGCAAGGAGGCAUUUUACCCGGAAGAUAUUAAUUCUCCUCAAAAUUUCCAACUGAAACACGAAACAUCUGUAGAAAAAUGUUCUAAAAUUAAAUUUGUUUUUGCAUCAAGUACAGAUUUAUUUGGUAGAAUUAUUGUAUAUAAACUCAAAUUGUUAAAGUAAUUUAUGUAAUUAUAGCUGCAUUCUGCAUUUAUAUAUAUAAAGUAAUUUCAGGUGACCUAAUAUAAAAAGACGAAAAAUACUUAUUUUUAAA